UCUAUCUUGUCUAUUAUUGAAAAUGACAGCAGCCAAUGGACAUUGAUAUUGGGAGGAAUUGCUGUAUUACAAUUUAAUCCUUUCAUGAUCUUUUAUUUCACAUCUUUAAUUGUAAGUCUUGAUUAUGAUGUCAACGACUGAAGGCGAGCUGGAUGUUGAAGUCUCCCUCGAACGGGAAGACGGGGAGUUGGAAGAUUCGGAUGUAGAAGAGGGCACGUACAUUCCCCUGGCGCGGCCGGAGGCGUUCAACCCGCCGUCGCUGGUGCACAUGCAGAUACAGGACGAGCAGAGCGACGAGGCGUCAGCGCAGGAUUCAUCGGGCUCGGAGUCGGACGACGAGCCGCGGCGGCGCGCCAAGCGCACCAAGCUGCGCCCGCGCCGACCGGUGCCGCAGCCCGACAAGAAGGACAAGUACAACAUUUGGUGCAAGGCUUUACAGGAGGACUUACUAACAGAGGACAUGGUCAGUUGUGAUGUAUCAAAGAAGAGCAGAUAUGGCGUUGAGUCUUAUGAUUAUACUAUUAAGUAUAGAUUAGAUGAUAACUAUAUAUCUAAGAAAGUUUUCACCUCAAAUGAUGAUUAUGAUGACAGUGAACGGGUAUCCAACAAAAGGAAGAAUGCAGACCGCUCUAAUGUAAAGUUAAGGUUGGGUAAGAGAGUCAAUAGUCACCAGAGAGAUGACAAGCUGAAGCCUCGGAUCCUCGGAGACCUGGUAGUGAAAGCUGAUGAUACUACAGAAGCUAUUGCCGAAAAUAUUGCAGAGAAACUCUCUGAAGAUAAGAAGGAUUUAGUGGUUCGCAUUGUACAAGUGGUUGGUGCUAACAAAGCUAUAGAGAUAUACAAAGAAACACAGAGGGUAGAGGCUGAAGGGGGCAUGCUUGUCAUGAACGGUACUCGACGCCGGACCCCAGGUGGGAUCUACUUCUUCCUGCUGAAGCGAGACGACGACGUGUCACCGGAGAUGGUCAACCAGAUCUUCACGGAGGAUCGCAAGGAGACACAGCGCAAGAUCAAACGCGCGAGAGCCAAGAGUCGCCAGAAGGUCAUGGAACAGCUUAAGCAGAGCCUCACAGAUUCGGAGCUGCCAUCGCUGAUAUCUCGCGGCGAGGCGACGGUGCAGUCGGAGCACGGGUCCAACCCGCCGCCGUCGCCCGCGACAGACGCGCGCGACUGCUCGAGCGACACGGACGCGCACGACGCGCCCGACGCGCACCCGCGCGCCGAGCCCGACAGCGACGACGACGACGACUACCUCGAAGUCACCUGCAACGAAGACAUGGACCUGUUCUAGACGUGCAAGUGACUAGUGAAUGUGACAAAUGUUCCGCGCGACCGUCGCCGGCUAACCCAGUCUCUGCACUCGAAUAAGCGCUUACUAGUGAGGGCCCGCCAGGCUCUGUAUGGUGCUCCUUGCCUAACAACACCUCCGUUCUACUUCUAAGGGCGAGAAUAGCAUGUAAGUCGUUUUAGGCGAUAAAACAGUUGUACUGUAAGAACGAUGAAUUUUAACGUUUCGGUGGAUCCUACACAUAGCAAUUGUAUUGUAAACACAGGGAGUAAGUAAUUGAUAAAAACAAAUAUUUAUAUCGCUAUGCUGUAACAGAAUGAUGUUCAGAGCUAUUUGGUCUAGUUUUACAUAAGUUGUCUACAAUUAAUGAAAGUAGGAGUCCUUGCUACAUUGAAUUGUCCUAAGCAGCUGUAGUCUGCCUGGUAAAGACGUGCCGAAAUGACUACAGCGCGUUCCUUUGUCCUUACAGUAAGUGUAGGUUGAUGCAUAUUGCAGUGUCCCCAUUUUACUGACAUCCACAUUAGUAAUUCACCAAUUAGUCUCAGAAUGUAAUAUAAAAUGUCUUUACAUCAGUUGGGAUUGCUGGAUGCAUACAGUUUGGCAGCUUUUUACUACAAACUUUUUGUAUUAGCUGUAAGUAUGUAAAACUGCCAAUUUUUAAAGAUAAUAGUGUACUAUACUUUACUCUGAUAGCUCAAGGGUUUGUUAUGAGUAUUGGUGCGGAAAAACUUGAGGAUGAGUAUGGUACAUAGGUACUGAGUGCUUGCUAUUUGUUAUGAAGUAAUUUAAGGACCAGUCCAUAGAGCAGUAUUACUGAAACAUGAAUAUAGAAAUUCUAAGUAACUAUAUAUUCAAAAGAGCCACCAACUACAGGACAUGUUUGCUUUUAUGUUAAUCUUGGUCUACUCCUGUACAUUUUUGUAUCAUUAUAAAUGGGUUAUGGGUAUCAACCCAUUUCAAUCGAUUCUAUAAUGUGCCCUGUUCACUAUAACAUGAAUGAUUUUGAUAGUCUAAUCACCUUCUUAGUUUCUAUGGAUGCACUUCAAAUAACGUGUUUACAGUAAAAAUAUUGUAAUUAGAUUUAAAAGUGUGGAUUAUAUAUACCUACCUUGCAGGGCACUAUGUAGUGUUGUAUUAAUAUUUCAAUUCUUGGUUGAAUGUCAAAUUCACAAUAUUUAGCCCCAUUUAGACAGGUGAAGUAACACAUUGUUUUCUACUAUUUAAUAGUAAGAACUUAACAUUGACUUCUGAAAAGAGUAAUAUAAAUUUUUAAGAUUUACUUCUUGUUUUUGCAAAUUGUGUGUAUAAAUCCUUGGCCUAGAAAACUUAAGUGAUUAUGGAAAAUUAAAAAAAUACAUAUAAUCACAAAAACUAAAAUGUAUGUAAUUUCUCAACAUAGUAUCUAGACAUUGUUUUAGUUUGAUUCUUUAACUUCAUAGGGCAUUUUAAUCUUUCAACUUUAUUCCAUUAGUGUUGCAAAUGGGGUUGAGUUUCGGAGGCUAAACCCAUCGUUAUGUGAUAAUUAUAUGCAUGCAUUUGUGUGAAUAGCGCCUAAAUAGAUAUAAAACUAUCUAUCUUGAUUAUUCCUUUUGAAUCUUAUCCUAAAAUAUUUAUUAUAGUUGAUUUAUCUUUGAUCUCAAAAACUGAGGAGGAAUUGGUUAUUAUGUAUAAAACUAUAGCAGAUUUGAAAUCUAGAGAAACAUGUAAACAUUUGGUAAUAUAUAAGGAUGUAUAAAUAAAUAUAAAUCCUGGGCAUUAUGGUGUUCAUGUCCGCCUAUAAAAUUAUUUUUGUUACUAAUCUGAUUGUCUAUAGGUCAUCAAUGGAGCUGUAUAAAUAGCUAUAGAGGUAGACAAUAAAUAGCUUACUUUUUUUAGGGCAAUAAACCCCAGGAGUGUGGCAAUACUUGUUUUAUACCCAGCUAUUGUAUUGCUGUACUUUUUGGACGUGCCUCCUUUGCCACAAAAUAUAAGUACUACUUAGGACAAGUAAGACCAUACUUGUAUGAAUAAGUUACAGUAUGAUCACAAGUAAGAUAAUUGACCAAUUUUGGACAUAAUCUGGGCAGUUAUGAGGAAAUAAGAAAUAAAUGUAUGAAGGAAUUCUUGUUGGUCUGUUUGAUACAAGUUAUGUAUUAUAUAGAUUGUUGUGUUAAAUAUCAAUUAAUAAUGUAUGUAUCGCCAAAAGAUUGAUUGAAUAAGUCUGUGCGAUUGUGGUACUCGAAGGUAUUGACUGUCUUUUAUACAAUGAAGAUGCUUUGAAGUGUUGUGAUGUUAAAAUUGUACAGUUAUCUGAAUGUUACUGAUGGACAAACUCUCAGAGAUAAUUUGUAUAAUAAAAUUGAUUAAAAAUAUUA